GUGAUGAAUGAAUUAUUGGCAAUUAUUGCCAUCGUCAUAGUUUGUUGUGUUAUGUUCUUUUUAUGGCUUCUAUCAAUGGCAAUUUGUCCUGAUGCAAUGGUCAAUGCCACGUCAGGAAGAAAAGACAAAUACUGUGAAUCGCGAGACUCCAAAGAACUUAUUGCUCGUUGCGAAGAGGGAGACAUACGACAUGAUUUCAUUAAAAACGUCGUAUCAGCUGAGAAGAUGCAACAACCGCUAUCAACAAGAAGAUCCAGUGAUAAGAAGUUGAGCGUUGUACCGGAAGCCGAUGAGCAGAGCACUGUUCAAUCCACGAUUCACUCGAUUCGUCCAACAAUUCUUCGUCAACCAUCGGUUCCAGUUCGCCUGGAAGAGGAAGAAAUAUCAUCUGAAAAUGCUUGAGUUUAAAAGAAAAUACUAGUCAUGUCUAUCAGCUGAAAAAUGCUAGACGUCAAUCGCCUAUCACGUCAAUUUCCUAUAUUUUUUGAAUUCAUUCCACUCUUUCUUAAAUAAUUUUUCUCAUUUCAUUACUAUGGCAUAUUUGUGUGAACCCUCUUUUUCCAAUCUAUCUGUAAAUAAAUGAACCGGUGAUUUUCGAAUACUUGCGUUUUAUGAACGUUUUCAAUG